AUAACCAUGAUAGAAGACAAAGGUCCACGAGUGGCUGAUUAUUUUGUAGUGGCAGGGCUCACUGAUGCAGAUACUGCAACCCUCCUGGACCAAGAAAUAAACCGACAUGAAACAAAGUCAACUAGUCCAAAGGCUCCAAUUACUGACAUUGCUGUGAUAAUUAAAUCAGCUGGUGAAACUGUCCCGGAGGGAUACACCUGUGUUGAAGCCACCCCUACAGCCCUUCAAGCCAACUUAAACUAUGGGAGUCUAAAGAGUCCUGAACUCUUUCUUUGCUACAAGAGAGGCCGGGACAAACCACCUCUUACUGACAUCGGAGUUCUAUAUGAAGGGAAGGAACGCAUCAUUUCAGGCUGCGAGGUGAUCCAAGCUACUCCUUAUGGGCGUUGCGCCAAUGUUAACAACAGCUCGGCUUCUUCUCAGCGGAUCUUUAUCACGUAUCGAAGGGCUCCUCCAGUACGACCUCAAAAUUCGUUGGCGGUGACAGAUAUCUGUGUUAUUGUUACCAGCAAAGGAGAAACCCCUCCUCAUACGUUCUGCAAAGUUGAUAAGAAUUUAAAUUGUGGUAUGUGGGGUUCCAGUGUAUACCUUUGUUACAAGAAGUCUGUGCCAGCUUCUAACUCAUUAGCAUAUAAAGCUG